AACUUUCGAUAAACGGGAGCCCAGCGGCGAGUCGAGUCGAAGUGUUGUAAAGGCUUAAAGGUUUGGAGGCGGGUAGUAGGGGAGUGCAGACGACUGUGCGGUUUUUUAUGGAGCAAAGAUUUUGCGUAAGAAAAAGAAUAGCACUAAGAGUCUGCUUGGUGGUUUGUUGAAUCGUUCGUUUCGAUGCUCGUUGAACUCGUGCCAUUUUGGCCUCAAGAGUCACACGAAAAUGUAUCUCCCUCCACCAACCCCUGACGCCUCCAGAGCGAUAAGUUCUUCAUGAUAAGUUCGAGAGUUCUUGUGCGUCCUAAGUGUUUGAACAAGUCUGUUUUUAAAGAAACAAGGUAGGCAUUUUAGUUGGCCUCGACAAGUUCAGCGUGCUCGAAACGUGCAGCCAAAAAGUUUGGCCUAGAGCACGUUAUCGAGGCCAGAAGGACGCGCUUCCGACGAACUUUCGAUAAACGGGAGCCCAGCGGCGAGUCGAGUCGAAGUGUUGUAAAGGCUUAAAGGUUUGGAGGCGGGUAGUAGGGGAGUGCAGACGACUGUGCGGUUUUUUGUAGGAAAGAGGCUUACCCGGCUUACCCAUAAUUUGUGUUCUAGGGUGGACAGUGGUUCUGAGGAAACGGAGGGUUCGGGAAUCUGACGUACAUUCAAUUUUGACCCAUUUGAUGCCUGGUACAGCAGUUUGACUUUGUGUAUUGUAAGGAGGAAGAGGCUGAUUUCAUGAAGGCAUUCGAGGGAUGUCACACGCUCAAACAUGGAAAACACAUCAACAGCACCAUCGGAUCAAUUGGUCCCUGGUCUCAGAAGAGAAAAACGAAGAAACGACACGACACAUCGCCGUUUCACCUAGGGAGGUGGGUUCCUCCUACUUUCAACGCCCCGAGCUGGAGCCCAGCUUCCAAGAGGUUUCGCUGAAGAAGGUGCAAACUGCAUUACAGCUUCUCCGGGCUGAGCCAGAACCCAGCGAGGGGUGCUCCUCCGCUGGUCCUGGAGAGAACCUCUGGACGGCCGCCAGCGACGGCGAUCAAGCGCGGGUGGAGGCGCUCAUGGCGCUGGAGGGCUUCCAGCCUAGCUCGCAGGAUGAGAACGGCUACACGCCUGUCAUGGCAGCCGCCUCCUGGGGCCAUGCUGAGCUCCUGUCGCUGCUUCUGUCACGGGAGCCUCACAGUGCCAACGUCGCUGACACCGAUGGCGAUGCUCCAUUGCACCAUGUGGCGCAAGCCUGUGAACUGGAGGCUGACCAGCUCCGGCCGGUGCUCCGGCUCUUGUUGGAGGCCAAGGCGGACGUCAACGCCAGGAAUGCAGAGGGAAAGAGCUGCUUGGACUGUUGUGCCAUGGGCGCCAUGGUUGAGGGCGAGGAGGAACAAGAGCCUCAGAUCAAUUUGGCCUUCCUGAAGGUGAUGGAGGAGUUUGGCUUCAAAGUCUGAGUGCUGGAUGAACGACCAGGGACCAAAGUCUUCCCGUUCGAAGGGACCAGCUCUCAGCAAGACAUGCUGGGGCUACCAUCGCCAAGCCACGUGAACGAUGUCACCCACGAAGCGGCCAAUUGACGAAGCAAAC